AACGUCAUUACCGAAAAAAAGAAAGGGAAACGCAGCUGCCCCUGCCUAAACAAAAGAGAAAAGAAACAGCGUAUGUUCGUUGAUGCACCCGGCCUUGGCCUCCGCUCCGGUUUCUCUGUCCCACCCUUUGUUCAUCAAUAUUUGAAUUUUCCGAGAAAAUUCGGUUUUUCUUCUAUCAUGAGAUUUUGACGGAAAUUUCUGGAGCAUGAGCUUAUCAAUCCGCAGACAUAGACACAUACAAUGAGGGGAUCGUUGUGGGAAGACGAAGCCAACGCCACAUCAACGUCGACCCCUCAUCCACGCGUUCCUCCUCACACAGCUCCUGCGAAUCUCAAUUCCACCUACAGUGGUAAUGUCUUCCGUUUGCUGGCCCAAAGAGAGGUUGUCCCUCGAACGAAGCAUUCAAGUAAAAGACAAUGGAGAGAAGCUUCUAAAGAGCAUCUUGAUUCCUUCGGGCCUAGGUCUGAAGCAAUACGAGAUGCAAGGCGUGGUCUCAUCUCAUGGGUAGAGGCUGAAUCAUUACGGCAUUUAUCAGCCAAGUAUUGCUCAUUACUGCCUCCUCCAAGGUCAACCAUUGCAGCUGCUUUCAGCCAUGAUGGAAAGACAAUUGCUUCUACACAUGGGGACCAUACAGUAAAGAUCAUUGAUUGCCAAACUGGGAGCUGCUUAAAGGUGUUGAGUGGACAUCGGAGGACACCCUGGGUGGUUAGGUUUCAUCCAUUGUAUUCAGAAAUAGUUGCGAGUGGAAGUUUGGAUCACGAAGUGCGUUUGUGGAAUGCAAACACUGCAGAGUGUAUAGGAUCACGUGAAUUCUGCCGUCCAAUUGCUUCUCUUGCUUUCCAUGCCCAUGGUGACCUUCUUGCUGUAGCUUCUGGUCAUAAGCUAUAUGUAUGGAACUAUAACAAGAGAGGCGAGGCGUCGUCACCAGCAGUUUUACUGAGGACACGACGUUCACUUCGAGCUGUGCAUUUUCAUCCGCAUGCAUUUCCUUUUCUUUUGACUGCUGAGGUCAAUGAUUUUGACUCGUCCGAGUCCUCAGUAACACUUGCAACUUCUCCGGGUUACCUGCGGUAUCCUCCUGCUACUGUAUAUUUGGCAGAUGCUCAUUCUGUUGGCCGUCCUAGUUUAGCGGAUGAACUACCUAUAACAUCGUUACCCCUUUUGAUGUGGCCUUCAUUUGCUAGAGAUGAUGGAAGGAUCUCUGUGCAGCACACUGAUGGAGAUGUUGUUUUAAGUAGUGUGCGAGAGAGGGUGGAUCCUUCUGCUUCUGUCCGGCUUCUGACAUAUUCGACCCCAUCAGGACAGUAUGAACUUCUGUUGUCUCCUAUUGAGCCUAACAGCUCGUCUCCCGUGCCAGAAGAAACAAGGACUGAUUCUCUGAUGAACGAAGUGGAUAAUUCUGCGAUGGAUACUGUGGAAACUCUGGAAGUACAACCUGGUGAGAGAAAUAAUCACGUUUUCUCUUUCGGCGAUCCCACAAAUUGGGAGCUUCCUUUCUUGCAAGGGUGGUUAGUUGGCCAAAGCCAAGCUGGACAGCGCCGUUUGAGUUCGCUUAGUGGUUUCUCUCAUGAGAAUUUGGCUGCUAAUGCUGAUACAGAAAAUCUUGUUACUUCCUCCGCAAUGCCAAUCAAUGUUGAUCAAUCCAGGGUCACUGGAAGGUCUAAUUCACGCCAUCGCUCCUUACGAUCACAUACAGUGCCUGCAGCUGGAUCCAGUGAAAAUAAUUCUUUAAACAACAUUCCACGUAGUGGAAUUGAUACCCAACCUGUUAGUAGAAUCCAAUCUGAACUUGCCUCAUCUCUCGCUGCAGCUGCAGAGUUGCCUUGCACAGUGAAGUUAAGAAUCUGGUCUCAUGAUAUAAGAGAUCCAUAUACUCCUCUUGAUGAACAACCUUGUCGCUUAACUAUACCACAUGCUGUACUUUGUAGUGAAAUGGGUGCCCAUUUUUCUCCUUGUGGGAGAUUUUUAGCUGCCUGUGUAGCAUGUGUGCUGCCUCAUGUGGAAGCUGAACCUGGCUUACAAUCCAUGGUGCAGAAUGAUUUUGCAGAUGCUUCAACAUCCCCAACACGUCAUCCAAUAUUGUCUCGUCAAGUUGUGUAUGAGCUUCGGAUAUAUUCUCUCGAGGAGGCAACAUUCGGCGUGGUGCUUGUAUCACGAGCUAUAAGAGCAGCUCAUUGUUUAACUUCAAUUCAGUUCUCACCCACGUCAGAGCACUUAUUGCUUGCCUAUGGUCGUCACCAUAGUUCUCUUCUUAAAAGUGUUGUAAUUGAUGGCGAGACAACAGUUCCAAUUUAUACCAUUCUUGAGGUUUAUAGAGUCUCUGAUAUGGAACUUGUGAGAGUUCUUUCCAGUGCAGAGGAUGAGGUCAAUGUAGCAUGCUUUCAUCCCUCAGUUGGAGGUGGCCUCAUAUACGGAACCAAGGAAGGCAAGCUUAGAAUCCUGCAGUUUGAGAGUUGUGGAAUGAAUAUGUCAUCUUCUUUUCUUGAGGAAAACAUGCUUGAGGUACCGACAUAUGCUUCAGAAUGCUAAUCGCUGGCAAUCAUAAGCCAAUUAACAUGGAGGGAUCGUAGCAUGCCCGAUUAUUUUUUAGAGGCGGUUGCUGAAGAUUUGUGUAAUGUAAGCCUGUUGUAUUUUCAAAGAUUUUACUUAGAAAGUAUAUGAGGGAGUUAGUUCUCGGAAAUCUGUACAACAAUUAAUGUAUUAAUGUGCAGCAGCAUUGUUCUGGAACUGAAAGUGAGUUUUACAACUCCAGAGGAAAAGCUUUGUAUCAAACGUCAGUUGACUAGAAUCACUUCUUCUGGUCCCAAAUUUUCUUUAUGUAAUAUUGUAAUGGAAUUUUUUUUUUAUUUUCUUACAUAUUAAGAAUGAAUUCACAAAAUUUUUAAUUAAUA